AUGGACAGCAAUAAAAUGGUUUGUGAAGCAGUGGAACCUUUUGAUAAUAAUCAAAAUGGUGAAAUUGAUAACAAUGAACAAGAUGAAACUGAUCAGGUCCACGCACAAUUUGUCGAGUUACUUAAAUCCAACAAAGAAACCCGGGAAGAACUCCAUCAGGCGUCCUUGAAAAACACUGACGCCAAAAAAGACGAAGAAAAAUGUAAUUAA